AUGCCCAGAUUCAACCCAGUUAGGUGGCUGCGGGAGAGCAGGGGCUCCCCGCGGCUGGUGCUAGUGGUGGUGUGUGUGGCCCUGCUGCUGGACAACAUGCUGCUGACUGUUGUGGUGCCCAUCAUCCCUACGUUCCUAUAUGCCACCGAGUACAAGAGGCCGGACCUCUCCCUAGCCCCCAACCAGAGCCAGCUUCUCACGCAGAGACCCUCUGAAGAGACCACCUUCUCCUCCAUCCUCUCUCUCUAUGACAACACCACCUUCAGCACCAGCGUAUCUCCAGCCAACCUGUCCGACUCGGUCUCUCACGAUGCUUCAAACGGCUCCACCCCGGGGCCUCUGAGCAAAUGCCCAGAGAACAGUGACUUCCUGGUUGGGGAGAAUGUGCGGGUGGGGCUCAUGUUUGCCUCAAAGGCUGUGGUGCAGCUCCUGGUUAACCCCUUUGUGGGUCCUCUCACCAACAGGAUUGGAUACCACAUACCGAUGUUUGCUGGCUUUGUCAUUAUGUUUGCAUCAACAAUAAUGUUUGCGUUUUCAGGAACCUACAGCAUGCUGUUUGUGGCCCGCUCUCUGCAAGGAAUCGGCUCUUCUUUUUCUUCUGUGGCAGGACUGGGUAUGCUGGCCAGUGUGUACACUGAUGACAAUGAGAGAGGAAUUGCCAUGGGGAUUGCUCUGGGUGGACUGGCCAUGGGUGUCCUCAUUGGUGCACCAUUUGGCAGCGUGAUGUAUGAGUUCGUGGGGAAAAGUGCUCCCUUCCUCGUUCUAGCCUUUCUGGCUGUAUUUGAUGGAGCAUUACAAUUAUGCAUCCUUCAGCCAUCAAAGAUUUCUCCAGGGAGUGUGGAAGGCACCCCAUUACUGACCCUGCUGAAAGACCCUUACAUCCUUAUCAGCGCAGGGUCACUGUGCUUUGCCAACAUGGGAGUGGCCAUGCUGGAACCCACCCUGCCCAUAUGGAUGAUGCAAACCAUGUGCUCACCCAAAUGGCAGCUGGGCAUGGCUUUUCUACCGGCUAGCAUAUCCUACCUCAUUGGCACAAAUUUAUUUGGCAUGCUGGCAAACAAAAUGGGAAGGUGGCUGUGUUCCAUGAUAGGAAUGCUCAUUGUUGGAAUCAGUCUCCUAUGUGUCCCUUUUGCAAAAAGCAUUUUUGGACUCAUUGGACCGAACGGUGGACUAGGUUUUGCAAUUGGUAUGGUAGAUUCCUCGAUGAUGCCAAUAAUGGGAUACCUGGUGGACAUUCGUCAUGCCUCUGUAUACGGCAGCGUCUAUGCUAUUGCUGAUGUAGCCUUCUGCAUGGGGUUUGCCAUUGGUCCUUCAACAGGAGGCGCCAUCGUGAGAGCCAUUGGAUUCCCUUACCUCAUGGUGAUCAUCGGCAUUAUCAACAUCCUGUAUGCACCCAUGUGCUGUUUCCUGAGGAAUCCAGCUGCCAGAGAGGAGAAGAUGGCUAUAAUCAAUCAGGAGUGCCCUAUGCAUGUGAAGAGCUACAACACCCAAAGACAGUGCCGUGAGUUUCCAUUGAGUGAUGAAAGCGAGGAUGACAUGGAAUAGUGACUCAACCACUGCCUCUCUCUCUCUCUUUCUCUCUCUCACACACACACACACACUCACACACAUGCUCAGGUAGAAGGCCCCAAACUGCCCUCCUUGAGA